CAGGGAAUUUUUUUACAAUCAAAUGGAUAAAUAUGCAAGAAAUUAUCUAGCUGAAGGGAUCAAAAAUAAGGAUGAUAUUAUUGUAACACCGGAAUCAGAAAUUUAUAAAAGUCUCAAUCAGCACUAUAAUCGUAAUAAUCACAUUCAGCCACCUGAGCGGUUAUCAUUGGUAAUACAAGAAACAUUACGUGAAUUUUUUUGUGCUGUACAAAGUGGACGUGAUGCUGAACCAUCAUGGAAGAAGACAAUUUAUAAAGUAAUUAAUCGAAUGGAUGAUCCCAUUCCGGAAUAUUUUAAAGAUCCUAAUUUUCUGGAACGUCUAGAGGGUUAAGGAAUAAUUUUUGCUAUCACUCCAAAACCCUUCCUUAUCAUCUGC